AUGCAAGCGGAGUGGGUUAAGGGUCUCCAGACUAGCGCGCUGGCUUUUGACAUCACGCAGUUCUUCCCCUCCAUCACCCAUGAAAUGUUCAUGGCUGUCCUUUGCAAGCAAGGGUUUUCACCAAUUUUGGUGGAUUUCUUUGCCUCUUACCUCAUUGGUCGUUCCAUAGUUUACUGCUGGAACACCUUCCAAUCUGACUUGUGUUCUGCAGACGUGGGUGUGGGGCAGGGCUCAGCUCUCUCGCCUGUUAUCUCAGGGCUUUUCAUUGCUCCAGUGAUGAAGCUCUUCUAUAUCAAAGCAGUGCAGCUCAACACAAUGCUGCUCUCCUUUGUGGAUGAUGGGACCAUUCUGGCUCAGUCCAAACAGCUUGAUGAUAACAAUGUGGGCCUGCGUAAGGCCUACAAAAUUAUCUACCUCCUCUUUGUUGCCUUCACACUUGUUCUUGAACACAACAAGACCGAGCUGUUCCACUUCUCACAUCGACAUGACGCCUACAAUCCCUUGCUGGAUUUGGGGUAUGCCCCACAUACCAGUGCUAUGCCUUUGAAGCCCAAGACCUAUUGGAGGUACCUGGGUUUCUACUUUGACUGCAGGCUCACAUUUCAUGAGCACGUUCGCUACUAUGCCACCAAGGCAUUCACCACUGUGCAGGCUAUGCGCAUGCUUGGAAACUCCACUAGAGGUCUCUCGCCUAAACAGCGGCACCUCCUUUAUAGAUCGUGUGUGGUUCCCAUUGCCACAUACAGUUAUCGUCUCUGGUACUUCAAUGGUGCCUGUAAUAAGGGUGCCAUGAACCAGCUCAAAUGGAUGCAGCGGAAAGCUGCUCUAUGGAUUACGGGUGCCUUCCGCACCUCACCUACAGGUGGUCUUGAGGCCUUAGCAGGCCUCAUCCCUGUCCACCUCAUGCUGAAGAAGUUGGUGACAUGUGCAGUGUAUUGGGUCGCUACCCUCUCAGACACUCACCCUCUCUGCUCCAUGAUGGGCGAGGAGGUCUUUACACUCCCCCACGUAUCUCUAUAG